AUGAAGUUUCAAAAUCCUGCCGAGGAAGCUGCUAUGCCGACUUAUCGAAUAAUCGAUGCUGAUGGAAAUGUUGUCGAUCAAUCUAGAGACCCCAGCUCAACCCCUGCCGAGGAAAUCAUCCAGUGGUACCGAAAUAUGCUUACCGUCAGCAUUAUGGAUUUGAUCAUGUUUGAUGCUCAGCGCCAGGGUCGGACCAGCUUCUAUAUGGUUUCUGCGGGCGAGGAGGGAAUCGCUGUCGGAUCUGCCUCUGCCUUGUCACCGGACGAUGUUUGCUUUUUGCAAUAUCGCGAGCAGGGGGUUAUGGUGCAACGAGGAUUUACUCUGAAAGAAAUGAUGAGCCAGCUUUUCGCCAACAAGGACGACAACGGCAAAGGACACAAUAUGCCUGUGCACUACGGCAGUAGCAAGCUCAACGUGCACACAAUCUCGAGUACUCUAGCGACGCAGAUCCCUCAGGCAUCUGGGGCAGCAUACGCGCUGAAGAUGCAGCGACUUAUAAAUCCUAACGUCCCGCCCCGGAUUGUGGCCUGCUAUUUCGGUGAAGGAGCGGCGAGCGAGGGAGACUUCCAUGCCGCUUUGAACAUUGCGGCAACAAAGUCAUGCCCGACUGUGUUCAUAUGCCGCAACAACGGGUUUGCGAUAUCCACAGCAAGCAUUGAACAGUACAAAGGCGACGGCAUUGCUAGUCGCGGCAUGGGAUACGGUAUCGAUACCAUCCGAGUCGACGGAAACGACUUUUUUGCAGUACGUGAAGUCAUGCUAGAGGCCCGGAAACGAGCCCUUGAGGGAGACUGCAGGCCUAUCCUGGUGGAAGCCAUGAGCUAUCGGGUCAGCCACCAUAGUACCAGCGAUGACAGCUUUGCAUAUCGAGCGAAGAGAGAAGUGGAAGAGUGGAAGCGGAGGGACAACCCAAUUACUCGUCUGCGAAAGUGGAUGGAGAAGAAGGGCAUCUGGGACGAAGACAAAGAGAAAGAAGCGAGAGCAUCCAUUCGAAAAGAUGUCCUUCGAGAAUUUGCAGCAGCGGAAAAGCUCAAGAAGCCACCUUUACGAUCCCUUUUCGAAGACGUUUAUGAAGAAAUUACGCCAGAAGCUCGCACUCACAUGAAGGAGCUGAAGGAGCUGAUCGAGAAAUACCCGAAUGAGUAUGACCUAUCUCCGUUCGAAGGUGGCCUGAAGUCUUUGCAGUGA